UGAAUAUGGCGCUCGAGGCAGAGUUGAUCAGAGGCCUGCGUGAUGCCGAUAUCGGCGGCUGGAGACACGCGCAGCCCGCACCGUCAUACUCGGCUUCAAUGCCGUGUCUUCUGUAACUGCCGUUGGUGUUUAAUGCCGUCUAUACGCGACUCGGUCUAAGCUACGAGGAUCAGCGCUUCCGAGUCAGCGGGCUCGGUGGCAUUUCUCCGUUUCGGGCAGUCCGUGUGGUGAAGCCUUGCCGUACGUAAAAGCGAGAGUUUUCCAUCAACGAGACACGAUUGUCGAAACUACACGACUUUAGCAAAGCAGCCAUGGCAUCCACAACCGUCUGCAAGAAUGCAAUUCACGCUCCCCAGUCGGUCCUCCACCUCCUCGCUCGCCUGCACAAGCAAUCAUUCGAGCAAGAAGAAAUCUUGAAGCGGCCGGAUGGAGGCUACAAUGUCAUCAGCGACACGCUCAAGUCAGAUCCCGCCAACACCGAAGCGAAGCGCAAUGAGAUCAUGCUCGACAAAUUCAUCGCUCUCGAUGCCGACAAGGCAGCCUUGGUGUACAGCUUGAUCCGCGCGACUGGUGCUUUGAAUGUGGUUGAAGCUGGGACCAGCUUUGGUGUGAGCACCAUCUACCUCGCCCUGGCAGUUGGGCAGAAUGCAGAGGCAGCGGGAAAGACAUCGGCACAGGCAAAGGUCAUGGCCACCGAGUUCGAAUCUUCCAAAGCGACCCAGGCGCGCAAGUAUUGGAGAGAGGCUGGAAGCAGCGUUGAGCCGUGGAUUGAUCUCCGCGAGGGCGAUUUGUUGCAGACAUUGAAAGGCGACUUGCCCGUCAUAGAUUUCGUGCUCCUGGACAUAUGGACGCCUAUGGUUGUCCCAACCCUCGAGCUGCUGGAGCCUCACUUUCGACCCGGCACGCUUCUCGUCGCUGACAACACCGUCACAUCGGCCAGCGGCUACCAGGACUUCUUCAAGCGGAUUUCGGCACCAGGAAGCGGGUAUCGUACGUUGACACUGCCAUAUAGCGGCGGUCUCGAGUUGGUCACCUACUGGCCCAAGGCGUGAUAGCUGGCUUGCCGUCGUACGAAAGCUGCUUUGUCGAGUUGGCAUGGGCGAACUCUCGAGUCGGUCCAUGUUGCCAAUUCUGAGCCUCUCCUGCUUCCCGUCUUGAUACCUUGCUCCUGGUAGACCAUCGCCGCUCGCCGUCCUCCAGUCCAUCGAUAGGUGUCCAGAUGUACCCCGAGCCUGUCAGGCAAUACGUCUCUUCAGAAAUUGUCGAAGUGUGUCUCCCCUUCUUUUGUCCCGGCUUUGAUCUUUGCCCUCCUCUCCUUGUCAAGUGAUACCCUGAAUGGCGAUCCGAGGCCAGUUCCCCGGACUGACGAUGGACCCGACGUUGCGUAUUUGCUG